GCACCAGUUUCAGAGUAACGAGCUCAUGCGAGCUUCAAGUAAUCUUUGUACGCAGGCAGACUAACCUCCGGAAGCCGUGAAGUUGCGGCCAGCUGUAGCCUCGCAACAGUGGAUUCGAAGUGAUCAUCAAUGCAGCAUUUGCCUCAGCCGCGUACCGCUUCUCGUCUCGCUUGCUGAAUGUGGGCCAGUGCACCAAAAACUUGAACCCUCGCUCUGAAUUUGACCUGUGACCUUUCUUCCAACUCACAACCACCUUCAGUCCAUCGACAUCCUUCGACAGACGUCAACGAGGCACUUCUUCGCAAGUACUGCACAACAAUCACAACAGAAGCACAUCCAACAUGAACUCAUUCGGAGCUGCACCAGGCGGAGGCCGCGCGUGCUACAACUGCGGCGAUGCGUCUCACCAGGCCCGCGAGUGCCCAAACAAGGGCAACCCAACCUGCUACAACUGCGGCGGUCAAGGCCACCUUUCGCGCGACUGCACUGAGCCUGCUAAGGACAAGGCCUGCUACUCGUGCGGCGAGACUGGACACAUGAGCCGCGAAUGCCCAAACGCUGCCCCUCGCCAGGGAGGCUUCGGUGGAGGCGACCAGGAGUGCUACAAGUGCGGCAAGGUCGGUCACAUUGCUCGUAACUGCACCGAGGGUGGAUUCGGUGGCGGCAAUGGGUACGGUGGCGGCUACGGCGGCGGCCGUGGAGGCUUCGGCGGUGGCCGUGGAGGUUUCGGUGGCGGACAGGGUGGCCAGACCUGCUACACCUGCGGCGGCUACGGCCACUUGAGCAGAGACUGCGUCCAAGGCCAGAAGUGCUACAACUGCGGCGAAGUCGGUCACCUUUCGCGUGACUGCCCAUCCGAGCAGUCUGGUGGCGAGCGUACCUGCUACCGCUGCAAGCAGCCAGGCCACGUCCAGUCUGCCUGCCCCAACUAAGCGAUUCAACGAGUUUGUGGCCCGGAGCAACCUGUCUUGCAUGACAUACCUUAACGAACCCACGGCCUUCCUGGAUUGACGACCUUGACCGGCGAUCAGAUGAGUGAAAUCGAUGCAUCAGCCAGAGCAGGCUGGGGAUACGAAAUGGUGUUAGGCGGGUCAAAAGGUCAAUCGGAUGGCGUUUUAACGAGAAUUCAUGAGCAAGCCGUAUGCACUUAUGAUCUUGCACACGGCUUGUUCGCUGCAAGGGCAUGCCGCGAGGUAACUUGGCAUAUGAAGCGGUGAUGAGCUGCAGAGUUUCGGUCAGCAAGCUAGCCAAGUCAAAGAGAAUAGUCGUCGAAUGCGAAAGAGAAACGACGCCACUCGAAGAACUUGAAUGUCAAUUCCAUCAAGGUGUUGCAAAUAUGUCAAGACUAUUGCGUAUAUCUCCCGGCAAUGGGUCGGUAGCCGAUCACGCAGCUCCCGCGAACG